CCUGCAAUACAUCAAUAUGACAUCCUUUUUCCUUUUACUUCCCUUUCAUUAAUUACUAUUACUCCGUUAUCUAGUAAUUAGUAAUUAAUAACGAAUGGUAUUAAUUAAAUUAACAACUAAUUAGCGUUUAUGUGCGUUAAUUAUAGUGCAAAGAAGCAAUUAGAGAUGGGCAUUAGGCCCCCAUGCUGCGAUAAACUGAACGUGAAGAAGGGACUCUGGACACCCGAAGAAGACGCCAAGCUGCUCGCAUACGUCUCCACGCACGGAACUGGUAACUGGACCAACGUUCCAAAGAAAGCAGGGUUGAAGAGGUGCGGGAAGAGCUGUAGACUAAGGUGGACUAAUUAUCUGCGGCCAAACUUAAAGCAUGAGGGGUUUACUCCACAGGAGGAGGAGUUAAUUGUCGCUCUCCAUGCGACCAUAGGAAGCAGGUGGUCUAUGAUAGCGAACCAGCUCCCCGGUCGAACCGACAACGAUGUGAAGAACCACUGGAACACGAAGCUGAGCAAAAAUCUGGCCCUCAACGGCAUCGAUCCCGUCACCCACCGCCCCAUAUCCGAGAUCAAACACAGCAUAACUACUCUCCACAUCGCCGGAAGCACCGCCGCCCAACCGCAUUCCUCCGCCGCCACCACCGUCGGCGUCCGCCACCACGACUCCCCCCUCAUCUCCCUCAACCGCGACCUCAAAAAAAUCCUCCUUUCACCUCCCAUCCCUCCGCCACUCAAACUCACAGCUUCGCUAGUGCACUGGAACAUUGCCGAUCAAACCACCGCCUCCGCCGCAUGUGAUAUUCCGCCACCUCCGCAUGAACUCGAAUGGGUUCAGUUUCUGGCGGAGGAUGUUUUCUCGUGCCUCGAGGAACUUGAUGCUUAUCCUGCUCCGUCACUAGUUGCCGUUGAUGCUGGUUUCGACGGCGGGGAGGAAGUGGCCGAUGGGGAUGCAUUUAUCGAUGAAAUUCUCGAUCGAGAUCGGGAGAUUAUGUCGGAGUGCUUCGGUUUAGUCGACGGUCAUUCUUCUCUUUAUUAAGCUGUUUUGACGAAAAAAAUAUUACUUAGUACUCUAAUGAGGAUGUGCCACAUAUGCAAUGAUCUCACCAUAAUGCCACGUGACACUUCCCUCAUUGGAGUACUGAUGCAUCAGUACUCCUGAGUUAAUAUUUUUUCGUUUUGACGAGGAAAUAAUACUAGGUUCGGAAAUCCACACAUUCAGUUGUCACAACAUCCGGAUAGCUAAUCAUCGAUCAUUGUAUCGUCUAAUGAUAAGGUGCAAGGUGACGUGAUGGUCAGUGA